CGUCGCCACAACGCACGCAAACAAGAGUCACGGUACGUUUGUCAGAGUGUGCCAAAGUACGACGCACACGUUGUUGGUUGUCCCUUGUAUACAUAUAUAUAUACGUCUGAAAAAUUUUCUUACCCUUCCGUUUCGCAUCUUCCGGCGGACCCCCGUGACCGCCAAUAACUCGGUUCGUCGUCCCACCGCUUCCCGAGGGGGAAAGUUUUUUUGCGGCGAUAUGUGCAAAGUGUCGACUUACCUUAUCACCGCUACGGUUGUUACUCCGCGUUCCCGCCGCUGCGAUCAGCCACGUUGUUGUGUUUAGUGAAAGAAAGAUUAAAAAACCAUAAGAAGUAUAAGGGAGAUAAGAUAUAUGAUAAUCGACCGAGGAAAUUAUGAGGUGGAUUUUAUUGGCGUGGUUCUUGACUUAAAAUAAAUUUAAAAAAAAAAAAAAAAGAAAACAAAAAGAAAUUUCUACCAAAAACCAGUGUUAAUCGUUUCAGUUAUGGUUUUUUACACGUCGGGGUUUUUUCCCCCGCAAGUUUUUAUCCGUCGUCACGUAGAAGUUAAUAGUUUCGUUAAUCAUCUAACUGUUGUUAAAUUUGUUAUCUGUUAAUCGUACAAAGUGUUCGUUCCGGCUCUGUUUGUGGGUGAAUUUGAAACAUAGUGGUUACAUCUGAAUUUUUCGACCACCAGAAAUCGCAACUGAUCUGCGGUUUAUAAUUAUCACGGUUUUCAUCCUCCAAAGCUUCGCGAGUGUACGAAACGAUCGUGCGGCCGAUCUUUCGACCUCGUGUCAAAAUUUUAAACGGCGUCCGAUGCAGCAGUGAGGACAGAGCGUACCCGCAUAUAUGGAAGAGAGAAACAAAAAUCACGAAGAAUAAGAAGAGGUGUAAAGGCGACAAAGAAGGAACGGUGGCUCCGCAACGCUCCGCGCCGACGAAGAAGAGGAAAGAUGUCCAGCGCCGCGGAGAGUCCUGACGAGAUGGCUCUUCAGUCCCACUACUCGUUAAGGUGGAACAAUCAUCAGGCGCACAUCCUGCAGGCAUUCGAGGCUCUACUUCAUGCCGAGACGCUCGUCGACGUAACCCUGGUCUGCGCGGAGACGAGCCUCAGGGCGCACAAGGUCGUCCUCAGCGCUUGCAGCCCGUUCUUUGAGCGGAUGUUCGCGGAGCACCCCUGCAAGCACCCGGUUAUCGUGCUGAAGGAUUUUCCCGGUCGAGAGGUCGCGGCGCUCGUGGAUUUCAUGUACCGGGGCGAGGUCCGGGUCGGCCGCGAGGAACUUCCGGGUCUCAUGCGUGCCGCCGAGAGUCUUCAGGUGCGAGGCUUGGCGUCCUCGGAACCGAGACCAGCCAGUCCUCCCGAAACACCGACGACCGACCUCCUCCUCGGCGAACCCUCGACACCCGAGGGCGCCCAGUGCACGCCCGAGGAGGACGACAACGUGUCGGAGAGUCCGGCGCCGCCGAGAGAACUGUAUCACCACAGGGAUCACCACCGGGACAACAGAUUUCCGCACAUGGGCCACCUGAGUUUCUCCCUGAGGGAGUUGAGGGACUCUUGCGGGUCUCCGUUGAUGCCGAGGAGGAAACAGGCCCGACCGAGAAGAAGAUCGGGCGAACUCCUCCCUCAGGAUCUCAGUCGUCCUCACCCGGUUCCCACCCCGAGCCCCCCGCCCCCCGGCGGAUUGAAUCUCAGCGGUCAGCAGCAUCCCUCGACGAACCUCCAGCAAAAUCAGAUCCAGCAACAGCAACAGCAACAGCAGCAACAACAACAGCAGCAGCAGGAAGACAUGGCGGAAAACUUGUCGAUGAAAAGGUCGACGUCGCCGGCGCCCGGCGAUCACGUAAUAAAAACCGAAAGCGAAACAGCGAGCAGUCCCCGCGGGUCUCCGUUGACCGGGACGAGUCUCCACCCCGACGGAUCGCUCCAGGAUUUUCCGGCGGGAGGAUUACCGGGAAUGUCCGCGCUCUCCCUGACUCCGCCGCACCACCACAGCGAGUACCUGACGAGCUUGGGGCAACUGGCGGCGCAGUGGUUACCCAGUCACCCCCAAAGUCAACUUUCCCAUCACCCCCGGGAAGGCAGUCCUCACAGCAGAUCUCACCCCUAUCAGCAGCAGGAUUCCCCCUUGACGCCGAGGAGAUCGGUAGCCGUUUUUCCCAUGGACGGCGUCGGUCCUCUCGGAGGUGCCGGGGGUUUGUUCCCCCCCGGAAGCGGACUCGACAGAGGCUCGCUGCUGGCCGAUCUCCACGACAGUUUCAAACCGGAAACGCUUCACGGUCUUUUCGGCGGUGCCAGCCUCGGUCACCACCCCGUAAAGAAGUCAAAGAAGCAUCGGGGCGACGGCGAGGGACCGCGAAGAUGGAGCGAUCACGGUCGACUACCGGUUGGACGACCCAAGGGACAACACAGCGCGCCUCGGGGGGGACCACCGCGCUCUUGGACGAACGCGGAGUUGACCGAGGCUCUUCAGCACGUCUGGAACAAGAAGAUGACGACGUCCCAGGCCAGUAGAAUAUUCGGCAUACCGUACAACAGUCUGCUGAUGUACGUCAGGGGUAAAUACGGGAAGAGUUUGAAACUGGAACAACUUCGGAGGGAUUGCACGGGCGCGACAACCGGCGAGGUGAUGAAUUCGCUGAACAACAACAUAAAGGCCGCCCAACCGCCCUCUCAGAUGCCGCACGCCCUCACGGGUUUGCCGCAUCCCGGCGACGAGGCGACCUUCUCCCAUCCACUUCUCGGUGGCAAUCUUCCCCAAGGAUUUUUCCCGGAUUUCGGAGCGGCGUUCCCGGUCCCCGUGAGUAUGGUGCACCUAUUACCACCCAGUGAACAAAAGGCCUACGAGCCACCUCCGAAUUCCGGCGGGGGUACGAACGAUCCGAAUCCUAGAAGCCGGAGUACGUCGCCCGUCGCACACGACUCUUUAGUACAAUCGACGACGCAGCCGGGUACGGCUCUGCUGCAACAAAAUGGAUCCGACUAGGACUAGGACCAGGAUUAAGACUAGAAAUAGGAGUAGAACUAUUAUAGGAGAGCAGGUAAUUGAGUCCUCGUGAAAGGGACGCAACCGGUAGCCAGAUAAGACACCUCCGACUGCGGACGUAUAUAAUGUAGGAACAAAACUUAUCUCACAUACUACAGGAUGCUCUUCACACAAGACUGACCCAUCGCCGAGGUGGUCGCCUGCGUCACAAAUGCGGCUGAUCCUCAUCGAAACGACGCAAGUUUCUCACUAUAUGCAAAGCUAUGAUAUAUACAUAUACAUAUACAUAACAUAACAUACAUAAUAUACUCCUCGCAAAAUAUCAUAUUGCUGUGUAAAAUUCUUCGCUAAUCGCGCGGAUUCGUAUAUACAUAUAUACAUAUUGUAUGUAUAUAUAUAUUUACAAACACACUAUAUAUAAUAUACUUCCACAGUAAGUCUGCAACGGACGAAAAUAUUUCGCGAUUCCUUUUCGUUUUCGUAUAACUAUGCGAAUACGUGUUAUUUUAUCUUAUUUAUUAGACGAGAUGGUUUUAAUUCUUCUUCUUUCUUUCGUUCGUUUUCUUUCUUUUUUACAAUUAUGUUCACACAAAUAGUUCACUGAUAAUUUUAUUCAUACGACGUACGAUAUAAAUCUUUUUACUCAUAACGAUACGAUAUACACAUAAAUUAUAUUAUAUACAUUAUUACUAAUCACUAUUGAAAAAAUCCAUAGUAAUAAUUAUUAUCGAUUAUACAUGAGCCGCGCGCGUGAUUUUCGUCCGCUGAUCACUGCAGCUUCACAGCACCACUAUUAACAGUUCCUGCUACGUUGAGCGAUCACAUACCAAAUAGUACUGUAAAUUAUUGAAAAGCAAAAUGAUGAAAUGGAAGAAGAAAAAGAGGGAGAGAGGAAAAAAUAAAUCUAAAGAAACGAGAUAAUGUCGCGGUAUCCGCGAAGCGCCACCCAGCCGAGUUAAAUUCGAUCACCAGAUUUCAGAAAUAAAAAAGGCCAAAAAUGAAUCAAUUAAAUACGAUAAUAAAAAACAUUAAUUUGAGCUUUUGGUGAGUUGAGAAAACUAACCGACGCGCAUCGCGGUUCUUUCGGCCCAAUUUUUGAUUUGAAAAAUAAAACGAACCAAUAAAAAAAAAAAACCUCAAAAGAAAGAAGAGAAAAUAAUUGACCACGGGAGUCACGAAUCCUUGUGAAUUUUUAAAGUCCGGCGUUUCGACUGAAAAGACAAAAAUGACAACAGCAAAAGAGAAAAAAAAACUAACGAACAAACGAACAAAAUUCUUAACAAAUAAAAACAAAAAAAAGAUAACGGGAUGGAGAAAAAAAGGAAAAUUUAAGGAAGAAAGAAGUUUACAUAAUUAUAAUAUACUUUUUACGAUGGCCAGGGGUAACCAAACAGGGUUUAGCGAGGUUGCCAGGCUUUCUCUGAAAAGUAUAUUUUGUUAAAAUCGAAUCGUAGAAAAGCUUAGAAUUAUACAUAUUAAUAGGAGUUGAACGACGAGGAGAGAAGAAAAUGAAGAAAAAAAAAAACACAAAAAAAAUGGGGGGGAAUUUUAAAAAUAAAUAAUAAACUAAAAUAAAUACGUAGACUGCCGUGUAGAUGAGAUAUUAACAAUUUUAUUAGCAUGGGGCCCGCCCAGAGAGCGCAGGGUUACAUCGCAAAUGUGCAGUCCUUGGGGCUAGUGCAAUAAUUCGAAAUACAAUAUUUAAAUAAUUUGAAUUCGAAGAGUCCGAGGUGCAAGCUCACGCACAAAAUGAUUUAAAGAAAAAAAAAAAAAAAAACAGAACAGAUGAGUUUAGAGUAUGUCUUUCAAAUUAAUUUCUUAUCUAAUUAUACUUGAGUAUUAUAACGUGCGUAUAAUAAUUUGCGCGAGUACAAUUUUUACGUUCGUUAAUAUGAAUUUAAUUAACGAGGACUCAUCGUGCAUUUACAUUAAAUAGGAUCGUAGACGCUGUAUAAAAUGUCAUAUACCGUUAAAAGGAAAAAAGUGAGAUGUGAAAGAGUGAAAAAAUGAAAAAGAAAGAGAGAAAGAGAGAGAAUGUUACACUGUGUGAGGAUGAAAGAACGACAGGUAUAGUGGAGUGAUAAGCGUGAAAGAAAGAGAGAAAGCCAAAGUUUGACAGUAGAUAAAAACAUAAAAAAAAGAAAUUUUUUUCCAAAAAGAGAAAGAAAUGAAAAAUAGGAUCGCGCGCUCGGGCCAAAGUUCGUGUGUGUUACUAGAAAAAUAUUAAAAGAAAAAAAAAUUUGUUAAAUGUUGCAUAGUUGAUACACAUAUAUAAGUUUUCCUCGUUGAAAGAAAAAAAAAAAAAAAAAAAACCCUGACGACACGCUAUAAUAAUUACGAUUCGACUAUGAAAAUUAUUAUACAUACGUCGUCCCUCAGCUGACGCAUACAAUAUUAAAUAUUAUUAUCAUAUGAAUAACGGGGGAUAAAACUAUUUUACGCGAUUCUUUUUUCUAUUUCUUACCUCUUUUUUGAAUUUCAUAUUUAUUCUUCUUCUACCGAGACGCGUUGUUUUAUUUUAUUUCAUUUCGUUUCCUUUUUUUUUCCUAUCUCGUGAUAACAAUAAUUCCUAUAGCAAAAGCUGCUUGUGUUGUUAAUGUUUUUUAAUUGGUUUUUAAAUAUACGUUUAAAUAGAGAUUUAAAGUGUUCUCGCACGAUAAUGGGUUUUACCUUCGCUAUCUUAUAUUGAUAUAUUUAAUUAACGUUGAGGGUGCUGUACAUAUGCGAUAUAAUCUUGAACGAACAGUCGUCGUCGUUGUUGCUACUGCUGCUGCUGCUGCUGCUGCUGCUGCUUUCCUUUCAAUAGAAAGUUUGGCAAGCUCCAUCGAACGUUAUGUAAACCUUUGCUUUAAACGAAUGAUGAUAAUGAUAAUGAUAGUGAUGAUGAUGAUGAUGAUGAUGAUAAUGAUGAUGAUGAUGAUGAUAAUGAUGAUAUAUAUCUGCAUAAUACAUUAUACACAUGUAGAAACGAGAAUGAGAA